CUUGAUGUGGCGUAUGGUUUUUAUAAAUACUCGGAACCGACCAACCCGGACCGAGUUUCUCUUAACAUCAGAACACCAGUACUAACCCACUUCACUGUUUGCUCAUGAUUCCCGCUUUCCGUACCUCCUAAAGAUAGUAAAUAAUGGGAGUGAUCAAAGAAGGAGAAGCAUCAGGAAUUAUACCAAGCAAUGAAGCAUUCGCAGUGCACUAUCCUGGAUACCCUUCUUCAAUCUCACGCGCCAUCCAAACUCUCGGUGGCACCGACGCAAUUCUUAAGCAGGCUCGUACCUCGCAAUCCAAUAAAUUGGAGCUGUAUUUCCGGCCUGAGGAUCCAUAUUCACAUCCCGCUUUUGGAGAGCUUCGUGCCUGUAACAAUCUCCUCUUGAAAAUUUCUAAAAAGAAGAAGAAUACUAAUUCGCAAUGCCAAACGGAGCUUUCUGCUGAUGUUGUUGCUCGGAUUCCUGAGGCUUAUCAUUUUGACGGAAUGGUGGACUAUCAGCAUGUGGUUGCAGUUCAUGCGGAUGCUGCAGCUCAAAAGAGAAAGAGGAACUGGACGCAAAUGGAAGAGCCGCAUUUUGAUAAAGCUGGACUAAUGGAUUUGGAUCAAGAGGAUGUGAUGAUUCUAGUGCCCCCACAUUUUACAUCUAAAGAUAUGCCAGUCAAUUUAGCGUUGAAAGCAACAUCAAUUCCAAGUUCAAAAAAGAUACAAGAAGAAGCUGUAGAAAACCAUAUUGAGAUGAAUCUAGAGCCAGCCCUUGCUAUUGAUUUUAAUAUUAAGGAGAUUCCUAAAGAAAUAAAUUGGAAGUUAUUCAUAGCACAGGGCACAGAGCUGUGGGGGUGGCAGAUAGCUGUAUCUGAACUUUUUGAUGAGCGACCUAUAUGGCCCAAAGAUGCAUUGACUGGACGUUUACUUGUUAAAAACUUGAAAUUUACCCAUCAGACUCUUAGAAGACUUCUCCUUGCAGUUGCUUACUAUUUUUCAGGAGGGCCAUUUCUCAGAUUCUGGAUCAGGAAAGGAUACGAUCCUCGCAAAGAUCCUGAUUCUCGCAUAUAUCAGAGGAUCGAUUUUCGAGUACCACCUCCAUUAAGAAGUUUUUCUGAUGCUAAUGCUGCUAAAGGCUUGAAACAUAAAUGGGAGGAUUUAUGCAAAUUUCAAGUUUUUCCUUAUAAAUUUCAGACAUCAUUGCAGCUGUGCGAACUUGAUGAUGAUUACAUACAACAAGAGAUAAAAAAGCCUCCAAAGCAGACAACUUGCACUUAUGGAACAGGAUGGUUCUUACAGCAAGUGCAUGAUAGCUUCAGACAUCGUGUUAUGGUGAGAUUUUUAUCAGUAUACCCGAAAUCUGGUGCAGCAAAAUUACUAAAAGCUGCUUCUGAAGAUUUUGAAAAGUCAAAGAGGGCAUGUAUUUACAAAGAAGUCUUAAAAUCUGAUCAGGUGGAGCGCCAGAAAAUUAAUAAAGGGAUUUUAAGUGACAAGGCAAAUGAGAAUCAAACCAAUGUUGAUGAAGGUGAGGCGGAUGAUAUUGAAGCUGAUGACCCUGAAGAGGAAUUGGAUGCAGAUGAAGCACUGGAUCUGGCUGGUGAGGAUGAUGAAACCUCUCUGCAAUCACAUUCAUAUCUGGAAAACAACUCAAAAAACUAUUUGCAAGAACUCUUUGAUAGCUUUCCAUCAGCUGAUCCUACCAUUGGUGAUAGAAUACAAGAUGCAGAUAUUAGUGAUGAAGAAUAUCAGAUUUUUGAGCAAGAUGAUGAUGAAGAUUACCUUGAUGAUGAUGAUGAAGAUGAUGAUUGACAAAAACAAUUCAUGAUGCUGUAUACAGAAGAUGUGAAGGUGCACAAAUCUAUUCCCAUCAUCCAGCUAGCCAGGUUACUGGCAUUGCAAUGCUCUCACCAAAGGAAUCUCUUGGAUGAAAGUUCAUGUGAUGGAUUUUAUCCUUGGCAUUGGAAGUGAUGAGUCGGUUCAUUGAUGUGCGGUUAUCGUUGUUGGACUAUACCAGAAGAUAGCAUCAUCCAAUUCUAAUCAGGUCAUGCACUUUUACCUCAGGUCUUGAGGCAUAAAAGAUGAAUAUAUACGUACUGGGUAAUUAAUCUCCUAUCUAAAGAAGUAGUGUUAGGUUCCGAAUGACUCUCUUGACGAUUAUCUAUACGGCUGUUAAUGUCUGAGACUCAUCCAGUGAAUACUAAAUUCAUUGAUGCCUUGUAAUAUCUCUAAUUUCCGUUCACUUAGAUGAGCUAGAGCGACAAGUCCUUGUGCAUUGAAGCACGGUUGUAACAUUUAGUUUGGCAGCUUUUCUUUAUGUAUGUACAGACUAAAGCCUCGGCAAAUGGAAUAAUGCAUUUACCAUAAUUCAUCAUGAUGUAA